UUUUCAUUCAAUGGAAUGUUGUGCAGGGUGAUUCUAGCUGCACUUCACCACAAUGAAAAUGUGAGAAGAGAACAAGCCAUGACAUCUGCUGGGGAGAAAAUGUUUAAGAUAAUCUACCCUAAACAGAAGAAAGGUGGAUACACUGUCAGAAAAGUCAAAACAAAACAAACAUUUGACUAUGUACAUGAACUGAUGGCAGAAGUGCUACAAGUGGCAGAAAAAAGUACGAUGCAAGUGGAGGAUAUGCUACUUAAAGACCAACCCCCACCACUCUGUAGUGAUUUUGUCAGACCUGUAAAAAUGGAAGCUGUCGCAUUGAUGGAAUCAAGAUUUAACAUGAACAUUUAAAAUACAUACAUGUACAUGAAUUUUCAUCUGUUUUUUAAUAUGGUCUGCAAGUCUGUUUUACUUUACUUCUGUGUACCAACUGACGUUUUAGGUAGUAGUCUUAUAGAAGAAAAGUAUUUUCAAUUUCGACAAAAUGCACAUUUCCCAAGGAGUUUUUAAAAACGUACCUACUGGUAAUCCUCCGUUUUCAUAGUUAUGAUUGU